GUUUCUGGUGGCAACAUGCGUGACUCCUUUUUAGUAAAUGGUGUUGCCUUCAAGAAGACAUUUUCAUAUGCUGGUUUUGAACAGCAACCAAAGAAGUUUCUUAAUCCCAAAAUACUUCUACUAAACAUUGAAUUGGAACUGAAAUCUGAGAAAGAAAAUGCUGAGAUAAGAUUGUCAGAUCCAUCCCAGUAUCAGUCCAUUGUUGAUGCAGAAUGGAAUAUUAUUUAUGACAAGUUGGAUAAGUGUGUGCAGAGUGGGGCCAAGGUAGUUCUUUCACGGCUGGCUAUAGGUGAUCUAGCAACACAG